UGUUUUAAUUUAAAAAAGACAAACUUGAAAACUUCAUGAGGAAGAAAAUGAAGUGUAACAAUGAAUAUAACACGUAUAUAGCUUUUACUUUUUCCUAUAAAAGAGAAUCAAAUGGUCACAUAGCAGGAGAAAGUGGAAAUGAGAAUCAACAGCACAGCACUUUCUGUGCUUUCCAAGUCUGUAAAAAAACAAAAAGAAAAGGUACAUGUUCCUUACCUUUAACCUAUUCAUUAAUAUUUUAUUCAAUAGUGAACAAAGAAUAAUACAUAAACAAAUGUUAAAGAUGAAGAAAAAGAAGAUGAAAGAAUACAUUAUGAACUGCAGCUUGAAGUAUAACUUGUUCUCCUAAGCUUGUUCUUCUGUUUUUUCCACAUUCAAGAAUAGGAUUUUGCAAACUAUUGCACUUGUAGCUGGCAAAAGAAGAGUUUCAACUUUGCGUUGUCUACACGGAAAGCAUCUCCAGCAUUUAUAUCUGCAAGAGGCAAAUGAUUCUGUUAAUGCAGGUUUCCAUUCACCUUCUGCAAGUUGCUGAUUAAUCAUUAUUGAAGCAGGUUUCGGCUUGCAAAACCAAGACAAAUUUUGCAGUAGAAAUGGCAUCUGCAGGAUCAAGUCCAGUGAUGUCUUUCAAUGAUGUCAAGGCUGCUGCUACUGAGUUCGCUAGGGGAUUUAACCACAAUUACUACCAACCCCUGCACAUAGCAAUAUUAAAAGGUGAUUGGGAAUCUACAAAGGCCUUCCUUGAUAAUGACCCAAGUGCAUUGACAGCAAAGGUCACCAUACUUGGCAGGACUGCACUGCAUGUUGCUGCUUUAGGAGGACAGUGGCAAAUUGUUGAGAAGUUGGUGCAACUUAUGCCUGCACAUGUACUUGGAGAGCUGGACUUGAUGGGUUGCACUUGCCUGCACUAUGUUGCAUUAGGUGAAAGCACAAAGACUGCCAAGGCAUUGGUUGCUAAAAAUCCUUCUCUCACACAACUUACUGAUUUCAAAGGAUUCACACCUCUCAUCUAUAGUAUUACCUCUACCAGAUGUAAAGAGAUGGUGUGGUGCCUUGUCUUGAAUACUACAGAUGAGAGACCUGGCUGUCCAUUCUCGGGUCCUUCUGCUCGUGAACUUGUGGCUUUGCUUACUGCUGCAGGAUUUCAUGAUAUAACCAUGUAUCUUCUCCAGCGCUUCCCUAACUUGGCCAUUAUUUCUGAUUCAAAUGGAGGCAUUAUACUUAAUGUUUUGUCAAAAUUGUCCUCAGACUUCCAAAGUGGAAAUAAGCUUGGGUUUUGGGGUAGAUGCAUUUACCAUUGUGUUCCAGUGGAACUUGAUUAUUUACCACCAAGUCAGCUAAGAGGAGAUUUGAAAGAUUCGUAUGGUGAGUCAAGCCAUCACCAAUCUUAUUUUGGAGGUACAAUAUGGAAUGCGAUUCAGAAUCUUGUUCCUAGCAUAAAGCUAGUCAGAGAUGCAAAGUUGAGGCACGUAUCUGCUGUGAGAUUGGUAGAGUUUGUUUGCUCACAAGUUUCAACCAUGAACGACUCUGAAUUUUGGCAGUCUUUUGUGAGUGCAGACAUUAUUUUCAAUGCCACAACAGCUGGCAUAGUUGAAAUUUUAAGGAUAUGUUUCCACUUUUUUCCUGAUUUGGUUUGGAUUCACAUGCCAAAUGAAGGUUAUGUAGCUCAAAUUGCCAUCAAGAAUCGGCAAGAAAAGGUUUUAAGUCUUCUGUGCAAGAUGCCGAUAAUUUGCAACCUUCUGGUCUCAACCUUAGAUGAAUCACAAAACACUACGUCACAUCUAGCAGCAAGGUCUGAUUCUCAUAAGCUGGCACCAAUUUCUGGUGCAGCAUUUCAAAUGCAAAAAGAGUUACAGUGGUUUAAGGAAGUAGAGAAAUUGGACCACCCUCUCCAUAAAGAAAUUAAAAACAAAGAUGGUAAAACACCUUGGCAAUUGUUCAGGGAAGAGCACAAGACAUUGCUUGAGGAAGGGGAGAAAUGGAUGAAGGAUACAUCAAACUCUUGUAUGUUAGUAGCAACUCUUAUUGCUACAGUUGUGUUUGCUUCUGUUCUCACUGUACCUGGAGGUAACAACCAGGACAAAGGAAUUCCAAUAUUCUUGCAGGACCACACAUUCAUGGUGUUUGUUGUGUCAGAUGCAUUUGCUUUAUUUUCCUCUAUGGCUUCUCUUUUGAUGUUUUUAUCAAUCCUAACCGCACGCUAUGCUGAAGAAGAUUUUCUCAAGACAUUACCAGAAAGAUUAAUAUUAGGACUGGCUUCUUUGUUCCUUGCUAUAGUAACUACAAUGAUAGCAUUUGGUGCAGCUCUCUCUUUGGUUCUAAGGGAGAGACUAAAAUGGGUGUCAAUUCCAAUUGCUCUUCUGGCUUGUGUCCCAGUUGCUCUAUUUGCAAGGCUUCAACUUCCCUUGUUCAUACAAAUGAUCAUAUCAACUUAUGGAUCUCGCAUAUAUCAUCCUCAGAGUCUUUGGUAAGGCUUUUGUGUUGUCCCAGCACCUGAAAAACAAGACAAAGCAAAGAAAACAAAGAUCAUAUAGUUUUAUUUAUUUAUUUGUGGGUAAACGUAUACCAUGUAGUUAUUUGAUAAUAAAAUAUUGUUGAGAUAUAUAGUCCCACAUUGGUUGUAUGAGCAACUAAUGUAGAGUUUAUAAGGCCUUGGGCACUCCCACCCUUUGAGCUAGCUUUUGGAGUGGUGUAUUCCAAUGUUCUUUUCAUGGUAUCAGAGCCUCCUCGCCGCCCUCCACUUUCUCUUGUGGAAUUUCUUAGCACAGGUAGGCUGGGCUUGUUGCAUUGUGGCUUUGAGAACUCCCACCC